AAGAGACGAUCAGAUGGUGAAUAUGAACAGCCUGGGGCAGUCUGUUGAAGUUGAUGAAUGUUCUCCUAAUUUCAAAAGGAGAAGGAAGAACGUUACAAUUGAUGACAAAAUGGUCGCGAUUUCUCGCGUUGAAAGGGGCGAGAAACUGACGGAAGUGGCACGUCAGAUGUGCCUGCCAGUGAGCACGCUGUCGACCUGGAUGAAGAACAAGGAGAGGAUCUUCAUCACGUCAGACGGUGGCGCUUCUAACCGCAAGCGAAUCAGACUCUCCAAUUACGGCGACGUUGAAUGCGCCUUAUUAAGCUGGCUGAAAGAGGCACAAUUGAAUCUAGUGCCCGUCAGCAAGUCUCUCAUUCAAAGUCAGGCGCGAAAGUUUGCCGAAUCUUUUGGUCACGCCAGUUUUAAAUGCUCGAACGGCUGGUUCGAUCGAUUCAAACAAAGAAAUGGCAUCUCGUACAGUCAUAACAGCGAUGAAAUAACGAUCAAUUGCGAGAACAACUUCAUCACACGUGCAAUGAAGCAGUAUUUAUUCAAGGACAGCAAUCACAAAACGAAGAAGAAACACAAAAAUCUCUCAAAAUCCUCUCCUUAUCAAAAAGCUAAUAACGGCAACAAUAAAUACUCGCUAAACUCGACCGAUCUUACGGUCGAUACCGAUAUCAACCAGAUAGAUAACAUCUCGAAUACCGACUCCAGACGAAUAGAAAAAGUUUUACUCCGAUCAACUGAAAAAGUUCCGAAAAAUAGCAGCGCCCAGACACGUGGCCGAAAAUGUCGGCCGCACAUCCCUGCUGAUCACGUGAAAGUUCCUAAUUACCUGAGGGUCAAAAGUCGAUUAGGACGAACUCUAAACAUUAAAAAGGAUGCCAAUGAUGAUGAUGAUGAUGAUGACGCUGGCGGUGAUGAUGAUAACUGGAACGUGUAUAUAGAUUAUGUAAUUAAAGAGGAGCCAAACUAUGAUGGUGAUGUUGCUGGUGACGAUGACGACGAUGAUGAUGAUGAUGAUUGGGCAGGAGGUGAUGGAAAUCAUCCUAAUGGUGAAUUUAAAACCCGUGGUGGCCUCAGCAAUGGUUGCAUUGGUAGUUCUCGGGGUAGGAAAAAUAAAAAUAACAAUAACAAUAAUACUAACAACAAUAAUAAUAAUAACAAAAAUAACUUUGGAGGUGAUGGUCGUCACCUGGUUAACGAUGACAACAUCAUCAAUGACGGUGAUGAAAACUGCACAACAACAUCGUCAACAACAACAACAUCGUCAACAUCAACAAAAACAUCAUCAACAACAACAAAAACAACAACAACAUCGGUAUCGUUAUCAGUACCUCCUCCAUCUUAUGAUGAUGCAGUUGGGGCUUUAACGCUGAUAAGGAACUAUCUAGAAUGUCGCAGUGUUAACAUAGAGAAUGUUGAUUCAUACGCCAAACUUUCUGAAGUUGUGCGUGCUGUACAAUAUUGUAAACUUUGAUUGGCUGGCUGAUUGAGGGAUUGAUUGGCUGGCUGACUGGAUGGUUCAGUUGCUGAUUGGUUGGCUGACUGGAUGGUUCAGUUGCUGAUUGGUUGGCUCACUGAUUAGUUGAAUGAUUGGUUGAUAUCAUUGGUUGAUGGAUCGUUUGAUCGAUUGUUAUUGGUUGAAUGAUUGAUUAGCUGAUUAAUUUACUCGAAAAACUAUCCAAAAAACUGUAUUUAAUUAAUCGUGAAUCAAACAAAAUUUAUUUUAUUACUAAAUCGUUCUUCGAAAUCAUAAAAGGAUGCUG